UGUAAGAUGUUUAUUACUACAAGCUAACUUGUGUGUAAAAGAAAGAGUGAAAAAGAAUGGCAGAAAAGAAACUGUACGAUGCUGCAAGAAUUGGAGAUGCAGCAACACUCCAACAACUCCUCCAAACAUAUCAACAUCUUCUUGAUGUAGUCUCAUUCCCAUGUCUCAAAAAUGUGUUGCACAUUGCAAUAAAGCAUGGAAAAGAGAACAUCGUGGAAGAGGUGCUCAAGAUCAACCCGGAGCUCGCUCUCGAGCUCGACUCCAAGAACUCGUCGUCUCUCCACCUCGCAGCCGCAAGAGGCAGCGAGGGAAUCGCGAAGAGAUUGCUAGCGAUAGCCCCGGAGAUGUGCUGGUGCCGAGACGUCCAUGAUAUGAACCCGCUUCAUGUUGCGGCCAUGAAGGGGAAUGAGGCGGUGCUGGAGGAGAUGCUUCAGCUGGAUAUUCUUCCGGCCGCGGCGAGGCUGCAUCGCGGACAGACUGUGUUGCACUUGUGCGUGAAACAUCGUCAGCUUGGGACGUUGACGGUUUUGGUGGAUAAGCUGAGAGACCUAGUGAGUGCAAAGGAUGAUGAUGGAGAGACGUUGUUGCAUUUUGCUGUGAGGGCUAAUCAACUUGAGAUUGUAGAAUACUUGAAGAGAGCUUGCAGACGAGAAAAACUGACAAAGAAUUCGAAUGGCAAAACAGCACUGGAUAUCUUUGAGGAGAACUCUGGAGACUCAAGAACAUGCAAAAAAAUGAAAAAUAACCUGGAAAAAUUUUCCAAUCUGUCCAUAUUCCAAAACUUUCAGAGGUACAGCGAGAUGACGAUGGUCGCAGCCGUCCUGAUCGCGACCAUGGCGUUCCAAGCGGCCGUGAGCCCCCCUGGCGGCGUGUGGCAAGCUGACGGACUCGAUAACGAGACCGGCCGAGCUUACAAAGCCGGCUUUGCCGUCAUGGCUACUAAGCACCCCAGGACAUACAAAAGUUUCGUCAUUGCUAACAUUGUGUCCUUCAUUUCGUCUACCAUCGCCAUCUUGUUGCUCUCCACGGCUGGCGCGUCGAACCAUUCGAGAUUCGUGAAGAUCGCCUCGUUUACGGAGUGGGUGUCGAUGGGGGCCAUUGCAAUUACUUAUGGAGCUUCCUUUGUCAUGACCAAUCCUAACAUGGUAGAGUUUGGAAUUAACAACGUUGUUUUUAUAACAACGGGUAUAUUUGUUCCGGUCAUAGUGGUGAUCUUUCUUUUGGACUCUAAGGGGAUGAAGAAAAGACUUGUCAAGAGGGCCAAGCACACCUUAUUUUGGGUUGAGUAAUUAUGUUACUUUUAUGUUUGAUUGUGUACGUGUUAUUGCUUAGUUACUGGGUUUUCUCUUCGAUUCUUUCCCAUAAUGCUUUUGUUGCACCAAUGCUUGUUAUGUGGUAUGGUAAGAGAAUUGUAUUGUUA